GCAUCACAUAGCAGCAAGCUGUGUGUUUAGCGUGCUGAGGAACAAAACGGAGGCAGAGCAGGUCCCAUCAGCAGGAGAUAAGCCACUCCCCUUUCGUGAUGUUUGAGGGGAAGCCUAGGCUUUAAAAGUUUCAUUUCUCUUUCAGGGAGUCUCCUGUCACCACCUCACUAUCUCACAAGCAAACAUACAGCAGCUGGACACACACACACCCAUCCACCUACUCCGCCCGGACUCUUCUCCUACCUGAGAACAUUGUUGCAUCUAACAGAGGUCUGUUUUUCUUUCAAUUACUUUCCUAUCGGGAUGGCAAGCUCAAAAUCGUCCCAGACUACGCGAAACAUUGUGAUUGCCUGCCUGGCAUUGUGGUCAAUCAUCUCCCUUAUCAUUAUUGUGGUAUGGGCCACUUCGCCUGAGAUGAAAGGAGCCAGCCAAUGUCGCACAGAGAUGCAAGCCCUCACAGAAACACACGAAGAGGCAAAGAUUGUGUGGAUCAAAGACCGAAGAGCCCUGGAGACCCUGGUGAGACAGGGAUGGAGGAAUCAGUCUAUCCUACAAAAUCAAAUCGACCAGUACAAGGAGCAGUUGCGAUUACUCAACGUGUCUCUUGAGUCCAGCCAGCAGGAAAAUGCCUUUUUGAAUAGUAACAUAACCUUAUUGGAGAGCAAGAUUGAAGAAUACAAAAGCAUGAAGGGGAACCUCACUGCUGAAAUCCUCCUGCAGAAAGACCAGAUUGAAGCCCUGGAACAUAAUUUGACAUUGAAGGCCCAGGAGUUGGAGUCAUGUGAGGCUUUACAAAUCGCUGCCAAACAGCUCCAAAAUGUUGCAGAGAAGCAGACACAGGCCUGCGAGACCAGCAAGCAAUAUUUACAGAAACAACUCACAAAGUGCAAAAACCUGGACCAACAUGAACAUGGGACUGUUGAAUACCAUCUUAAUCUCAAUGACAAUUCAGCCCAAGGAACCAUUACAAGUAGUGUUGCACUGGUCUCAAUCCUUUGCCUCAGUCUGCUCUUCGUACAAUAGACAGGAGGAAGGCUGCAUGAUGGAGUAUUUGGGUACAUGUUUUGAUGCAACACUGUUCUGAGGUCACCACUAAGGUGCACUUGCAACCCUGGAUUUAAAGCACAUUUCAAUCUACAUUUCGACUGAAGAGCACUGAUGUAAAAUUUAUAUUCAGUGUAGUCAAUUAAGAUAUUUUCAUUGCAGUUUUUGCUGAAGUCUAAAAAUGAUGUAUUGACUGAUAUUAGAAAGCAUGGGCGAUUUUAAUCUUUACCUAAUUUAACAAAUAUAUGCUGUAUUUCAUUGGUGUUAAAUUUUAUAAUUUCUAUUAAUCUUCCAACUUUAUUAUUUUGGAAUGAUAUUUAUUGUUGAUUGAUGCCAACAAGAUGUUAAGAGCUAUAGAGAAAUUUGAUCAUACUGUUUUACCACUGUCUGUUUUAGAAAUAAAAGACCCUUUGAAAGCUG